ACGAUUUGCUCAAAUAAUAAAGUUUCUUGUUCUAAUAUUGUAUAAUCUUGUUCUAAUAUUGUAUAAUGAUUUGUUCAAAUAAAUCUAAAAUAGUAAAACGAAUAUUUCUACAAGAAGUAAAUAAUAUUAAACGUUAUUAUGCUUCAACGAUUCAACUUCCUUUUCACCCACAUUAUGUACCACCAGGUCAACCUACAACAAUCACAACCACUUCUGAUAUAUGGAAACAAAAUAAAAUUUCAAAAACUUCAAGGUUCGUGCCAACAAUUAAUAGAUUACAGGAAGCAUCAUUUUCAAAAAGAGAAGAUAUUUUUUUGUCAAUGAAUUUUUUUGGUGAUACUUAUAAUGAAACUUCAAAAAGAAAGAUUCCUUUUAUAUUUAGGAUUUCUACAAUAUGUUUCGUAGCAGCCAGCUUAAUUAGAUUUUAUCAUCGAGGCAGUAAAGGGAGUAAAGGGAAUAAAGGCAGUAAUAAUAAUAUUAAACUUAAUCAGAAGUCAAUAUAUGAUAAUAAUGACGUACAAUUAGAUCAAAAUACGGGAUAAUUUGAUAUUCUUUGAUUUAGGUAAGAAAUUUACUAUAUAUAAUUAAUUUUUACAUGUAAUUUUUAAAUCAUUUUUUUAUUUCA